AUGCUUUGUUUUGAUUCAUGGGUCGAACUUCCACCACCAUCACGUGCUUCAUCAUGUAAUAGUGAUAUGUCUGUACUUGAUCAAGAUUCAGUUAAAGAUGGCCCAAGACUCGUUACUCCAUCAACAAUGGCAACUCUUGGAAAUGCACUUGAAAAUCUCAAAAUGUUGCCACAAAAUAAAGGUGAUUGGAUUUUGGAUUGGAGCAGUCAUCCAGAAGCGCGAGAAUCGCUUAUCCAAUGUACACCAAAUCAGUCAACUCCGCCAAAUAGUCCAAUACCGGGAGAUAUGAAUUUUGUUGGUAUUUUUUCAUGUGGAUGUAAUACCGAAAAUGACUAUCCGCUCUUUGUUGGCUUUAUUAUCACUCAUGUCAUUUCUUUUUUUAUUGGUUUAACUGCUGGCAUGCAUGAAUUGUCACAACUGUGCAAUUGUCAAUCGGUGAUGGAUAAUUAUAGACAUGAUGAAAUAGAUCAGUGUUUGAUGGAAAGACUAGAAUUCAUGGGGAAAAUCUCAAAAUUGACACUUGUUAAGCCCUUUUCUUUUUUUUUUCCUUCAACAUUUAAUCAGUCUCAGUAA